AUGACCAAGUCCAAAGCUGCGAAGCGCAAGCGUAAUGCGCAGAUCGACCUUCCACAAAAACAGCCCAAGGCCGGUGUACUUACGCCUCCUCCUGAUGGCGAGCCCAAGCACCUCCGGACGCUCGUUGCGGACGAGGAACUUGACAUUACCAUCGAGACACUGACAGCGCUCGCACAAUACCCCGGCCUGACCAAGUCCAAAGCAUGCAAGGACCUCCGAGUUGCAGUCUAUGACUUUCGUCAGGCCUGCACGACAGGGUUGAAUACUGCUGAGGGCGCCAAUUUGACAGCUCGAAUCACCGGUGCUCUGGCAGACGAGAAGUAUACUGACGCCAAAGUCCUGCUCGCUGAAAUGAGAAUCCGGGGUGAGCAACCGAAGAUCGGAGCCUUGUGUCGAUGGGUGCGAGACUUGGACGUUGUCAGCGGCCUUUCGACGCAGCCCGCGUUUGAUCGCAAAGAAAAGAACACUCAACUCCUUUCGGUCCUCGAUGCCAUCCUUCGCGUCAGCACUCCGAUCGACACCAGUCCGACCGCCGUCACCUCCACAUCAACGUCUUCCAUCGCCUUCCAGUCUAUCUGGGAUCUCCGCCCCUCGACGGCACCGCUGGAGGUCUACGCGUCAGUCCUCGACAGGUCAAUUUUAGAAGAGGCACCGAAAGAUCCCUCGGCCAUCCGUAUUCUAGAAAAGACCCCUGCCUCUCUACGCAAACCUCCGAACCACCAUGACGCGAUUCUGUACACCACCGCCCCAAAUGCCGUUCCGUUAUCCCCUGUCAGCCCGUCCAUCACAUACCACCCACAUCCUGCCGUCCCAGGCCUUGGCCUCGCUAUGAAUGUCCUCUCCCCGACCGAGUGCAGGGCAAUCAUUGCCGCCGGCGAAUCCGUCAAUUUCCUACCCGAUGCUCCCCUUCGCGAAGAUGGAGAUAUUAGCAUCCUCGCCCACAACUUCUACUGGGUCAUUGAUACCGCCUUCCAUGAUAUUCUUUGGGCACGCAUCUCCCCUUACGUUCCGCCUUCGAUCAACGGGCGGAUGGUUCGAGGCAUCAACCGGCGUUUCCGCGUCUACCGAUACGUCCCUGGUGCCGAGUACCGGUGCCACAUCGACGGAGCCUGGCCGCCUUCUGGCAUCCUCCCUGAUGGUACUUAUGUAUACGACUCCUCCCCAAAAGAAAAGAAGCAGAGUUCCAUGUAUACCUUCUUACUCUAUUUGAAUGAUGAAUUCGAGGGCGGAGAGACGACAUUCUUCAUGCCGGCCGCUCGAGAGGGCAUACUCAAUGCAUACCCGGUGCGACCGGUGAUGGGAGCUGUUGCGAUCUUUCCGCACGGAGAGGCGAACGGGGCUUUGCUCCAUGAAGGGACUGGAGUUCGAGCAGGCGCAAAAUAUAUCAUCCGGACGGACGUAGAGUACGACGUCGAUCCUAGUAAUUAA